GGAGCGAAAAAGGAGGAAAAGCUCCAGGAGGAAAAAAAAAAAAGCCCCCCCCGCCCCCCACGCCGGCAUCGGCCGCGGGACUGGCAGCAUGCGAUCCAAAGGCAGGGCGAGGAAGCUGGCCGCAAGUGAUGAAUGCCUGUAUGAAAGCUUUCCUGAGCUUCCCUUGGAGGAAGUGCCAGAAGCUGAUGGAGAGGCUGCAAACGCCCAGUGCCCAGCAUCUGUCAGCAUCCAGGAGCCAUCCUCUCCAACCACCUCCAGCGAAGCUUUCACACCAAAGGAGAGCUCUCCUUACAAGGCUACGAUAUACAUUCCUGAUGACAUUCCCAUUCCUUCCGAAUUUGAGCUCCGAGAAUCCAACAUUCCUGGAGCGGGAUUAGGGAUAUGGACCAAAAGGAAGAUUGAAAUAGGAGAAAAGUUCGGCCCUUUCACGGGAGAGCAGCGGCCACACCUCAAAGAUCCCAGUUACGGUUGGGAGGUAAGACACUUUGCAUUCCUUCAGCCUGUUGAGUUCUCUUGA